UUUUUAAAAAAGUCGGCGGGGAUUGGUCUUUCGCUGGGUCUUCAACCCAAAACAAAAACGAUGGAUAUUCGAAUUUGCAGGCUGCAGCCCUAUUUGUUAGAGUUCGUAGGCGUGGCCGCCGCCGUUGAAGCUCAUCGACGAAGCUCUCUGUUCUUCCACACCGACGAGACUCCUCGCUUUCUUUCUCCCCCGACACUCUUCAAACCCUGAUCUUCAAGGUCACGGUACUCUCUCUUUCUCUCUCUAGAAUUAUACAUGUUUGUAAUAGCUUCAGAGAAGAGCUGUCGCUAUAGCAUCAUCAGCGUCAACAUAUCUAGGGGUUCUCCGAUUCUCCACAGAAAAGAACCCAAAAGACAUUCAAACCAUUCAACACAUCAAAUACCUAGAACACCAAUAACCGCUUUCUUUGUAACCGCUUUCUUUGUUUGCUCUUCUUUCUAGGUCUGUAAUCUAAAUUUGUUGUAUUUUCUUCGCGGGGAUUUUUUGUUUCUUUGCUUUCUAGUCCAGAAAGUCAGUCCCUGUUGAUUUUUGCUGCAAUAGUUGCAAGUAUUCCGUGCCUGCUUUUUUUUGUUAAAAAUGGGCGAUUUUGAUUGCCAUAAAAUCAGAAACAUAUGCAUUCUGGCACACGUCGAUCAUGGGAAGACAACGCUUGCUGACCAUCUGAUUGCUAGCUCGGGUGGUGGGAUACUCCAUCCGAAGCAAGCAGGCCGGCUCAGAUUCAUGGACUACCUCGAUGAAGAGCAAAGACGGGCAAUUACAAUGAAAAGCUCCUCUAUUGCUCUUCACUACAAUGACUACUCUAUAAACCUCAUAGACUCUCCAGGACACAUGGAUUUUUGUAGUGAGGUAUCGACUGCUGCACGGUUGAGUGAUGGGUCUCUUAUAUUGGUUGAUGCUGUUGAAGGGGUGCAUAUUCAAACACAUGCAGUCCUGCGCCAAUCUUGGAUUGAGAAGCUUACUCCCUGUUUAGUGCUUAAUAAGAUAGAUAGGCUGAUUUGUGAAUUGAAGUUAAGUCCAAUGGAAGCUUAUACUCGAUUGCUCAGGAUUGUUCACGAAGUUAAUGGGAUUGUGAGUGGUUACAAGUCUGAAAAGUAUUUAUCAGAUGUUGAUUCAUUACUCGCAGGGCCAUCAGGUGAGGUGGGUGAUGAGAAUCACGAGUUUAUAGAGGAUGAUGAAGAAGACACUUUUCAACCUCAGAAGGGAAAUGUGGUGUUUGUAUGUGCAUUGGAUGGAUGGGGCUUUGGAGUUAGAGAGUUUGCUGAAUUUUAUGCUUCCAAGCUUGGAGCAAGUACAGGUGCAUUGCAAAAGGCUUUGUGGGGUCCUCAGUAUUUUAACGCGAAGACCAAGAUGAUUGUGGGGAAGAAGGGAGCAGGUGGGGGGAGUAAGGCUCGGCCCAUGUUUGUGCAGUUUGUGCUGGAGCCACUGUGGCAGGUUUACCAGGCAGCUCUCGAGCCUGAUGGGGACAAAGGGAUGCUUGAGAAAGUCAUUAAGUCAUUUAGUUUGUCUAUACCCCCUCGUGAACUUCAGAAUAAGGAUCCAAAAUCCGUGCUUCAAGCUGUCAUGAGCCGCUGGAUUCCUUUGUCAGAUGCUAUCUUGUCAAUGGUGGUUAAAUGUAUGCCGGAUCCAGUUGCUGCUCAAUCUUUUCGGGUCUCACGGUUGCUUCCAAAGAGAGAGGUUCUGGAAAAUGGUGGUAACUCCAGUGAACUUGAGGAGGCAGAGAUGGUGAGAAGAUCUGUUGAAGCCUGUGAUUCUAGGCCCGAAGCACCUUGUGUUGCUUUUGUAUCUAAGAUGUUUGCUGUCCCAGCUAAAAUGCUACCUCAAAAGGGUUCACAUGGGGAGAUUUUAAACAAUUUUACUGAUGACAGUGGCAACAGUGAAUCCGAUGAGUGUUUUCUUGCUUUUGCCCGGAUUUUUAGCGGAGUUCUUUCUGCAGGGCAGAGAGUUUUUGUGCUCUCAGCUUUAUAUGAUCCACUGAAAGGGGAAUCAAUGCAAAAGCAUGUGCAGGAAGCUGAGUUGCAUUCCUUAUAUCUAAUGAUGGGUCAAGGUUUGAAACCAGUGGCCUCUGCAAAGGCAGGAAAUGUUGUGGCAAUCCGAGGCCUUGGUCAGUACAUAUUGAAGAGUGCAACUCUUUCAACGACAAAAAAUUGUUGGCCUUUUUCAAGCAUGGUAUUCCAGGUUUCCCCCACCCUAAGAGUUGCAAUAGAACCUUCUGAUCCAGUAGACAUGGGCGCACUUAUGAAAGGCUUGAGGCUUCUGAAUCGGGCAGACCCAUUUGUGGAAGUCACUGUUUCUGCUAGGGGUGAACAUGUGCUUGCUGCUGCUGGAGAGGUACAUCUUGAGAGAUGCAUAAAGGAUUUGAAAGAGAGGUUUGCAAAGGUAAAAUUGGAAGUUUCUCCACCUCUUGUCUCCUAUAAAGAGACCAUUGAGGGCGAGGUGUCCAAUCCACUAGAGUAUCUCAAAUUGCUAGCUGGGGGUGCAGAUUCUGUGGAGAAGAUGACACCAAAUGGAAGAUGUGUUGUUCGAGUGCAAGUGAUGAAGCUUCCACCCUCACUAACUAAGGUUCUUGAUGAAAAUUCUGAACUACUUGGAGAUAUCAUUGGAGGAAAGCUGGUGCAGGCUAGUAAAAGCUUGGAUAUGCAGAGAUCAAGCAUUGUGGAAGAUGAAAACCCAGUUGAAACACUUAAGAAACGCAUGGUAGAUGCUGCGUUGAGUAAUUUUUUCCCUGAGAGUGAAGAAAUUGACAAAGAUCGAGCUGACAAAUGCAAAUUAAUGUGGCUGCAGUUUUUUGAGAGGAUCUGGGCACUUGGACCCCGACAUGUUGGUCCUAACAUCCUCCUUAUGCCAGAGUGCAAAAGCAAAAGUACCGAUUGCUCUGUUCUUAUUCGGGGUUCUCCUCAUGUGUCUGAGAGAUUAGGGUUUGUGGAUGAGUCUUGCAAUGGUGAUACAGCUGCAGUGACAUCUUCAGAAGCAACUCGAGCAUUCAACAUCGAAGCAGAGAGUCUUGGGAGCAGUGUUGUCUCUGGAUUUCAACUAGCUGCAGCAGCUGGCCCCUUAUGCGAUGAACCCAUGUGGGGUCUGGCAUUUGUUAUUGAGGCUUACAUUUCUCCUUUGCCUCAACAGCUUGAUGAGUCUGAAUGUUGCCAACAGCCAGAGCAAUAUGGUGUUUUUACCGGACAAGUUAUGACAACUGUCAAGGAUGCUUGUAGAGCAGCUGUGCUUCAGAAAAAACCACGGAUUGUUGAAGCUAUGUAUUUUUGUGAGUUGAACACCCCAACUGAAUAUUUGGGCCCUAUGUAUGCUGUGCUUGCUCGUAGGCGAGCCCGAAUCUUGAAGGAAGAAAUGCAGGAAAGUUCCCCAUUGUUCACUGUGCAUGCAUAUGUGCCAGUUGCUGAAAGCUUUGGUUUUGCUGAUGAACUUAGGAGAUGGACUUCUGGAGCUUCAAGUGCUCUACUUGUGCUUAGUCAUUGGGAGGCACUUCCUGAGGAUCCUUUCUUUGUGCCAAAAACAGAGGAGGAGAUUGAAGAAUUUGGAGAUGGUUCAAGCGUUCUUCCUAAUACAGCAAGGAAACUCAUUGAUGCUGUAAGACGGCGGAAGGGCCUUCCUGUGGAGGAAAAAGUUGUUCAACAUGCAACAAAGCAGAGGACUUUGGCCCGUAAAGUAUAAUUGUUGCCAAUCAUACUGUUGUGACCAGCUCUUUAUAGAAUUGUAUGCCAACACAUGUUGAAAUGCCUACUGUUAAAGGCAAUCUUUUAAUUAGCCAUUAUAUAUCAAGCGGUCAAGCCUACUCUUCUUGGUGUA